AUCACGCGUAGUUGGGCACCAUUAUGAAGUUCUUGCAGGUCACGAAGCCAUUUCAAACUCCCUUCACGCCCUUUGUAUCAGUACAGUCGCCGAUAUACGGUUUGGUACAUAGCGGCAGCCUCACGUCUCAUCACGGUCAUAUUCGUCUACUAUCAGUCCGUCCCAAGCCAUAUCUCCCAAUGACCCCUCAACCAGUCGAGGCUCCUUUGAGCCAGUCAGCGACCUUUCUCGUCCUGUCGGCAACAGACGCUCCAGACGCUACCCGAACGAUCCGGUCCACUCUCGCCAGUAUCUCCGACAUAACCAAGAACAUCUCCAUCCGCCAUCGUACCGCCAACCUCUCCUGCACAGUCGGCAUCGGCAGCAACAUCUGGGACCAAGUCACCAAGCUUCCACGUCCCGGUGAACUGCAUCCUUUCAAAGAGACCAAAGGAGCAAAGCACACUGCUGUAUCAACACCGGGCGACCUGCUGUUCCAUAUUCGAUCGGAGCGAAGGGACAUGUCGUUUGAAUUUGAAAGACAGCUUAUGGAUUUGCUAGGUGCCGCCGUCAAACUCGAGGACGAGACGGUCGGAUUCAGAUAUUUUGACGCCCGCGAUGUGCUCGGGUUUGUCGAUGGCACCGCGAACCCAGUUGGCCCCGAUAUUACAGAUACAGUCCUCCUCACCGCACAAGACGAUUCUGCUGGGGUGGGAGGAAGCUACGUCGUCGUGCAAAAGUAUCUUCAUGAUCUUAAAGCAUGGCGUAAUCUCAAGACUGAGCAACAAGAGGCUAUUAUUGGACGAACGAAAUUCGACAACAUCGAACUUGACGACGCCGAGUCUGGUCAACAAUCUCACAAAACGCUAGCGACGAUCGAGGACGAAGACGGAAAUGAGCACGAUAUUCUACGAGACAAUAUGCCAUUUGGUUCUCCUGCUCAAGGAGAGUUUGGCACCUACUUUAUAGGAUACUCGAAGCAGCUCUGGGUCACUGAAAAGAUGUUGGAAAGAAUGUUCAUUGGGAAUCCUCCGGGUCUAUAUGAUCGGAUCCUCGACUACUCGAAGCCGGUAACAGGUUCAACGUUCUUCGUUCCGUCAGCUGGUGUGUUAGAUAGCCUUGGUGAUUAAUG